AGCCGAGUACUUACUGUUAAAUGGACAUCGUGGUAAAUCAAUGACUCACCAAACUGUUCACUCAUGUUGUUGGUACUCUUACUAACAUUAGUUAUUUUUGUUCCUGAUGAUAUUGAUGCACAGUGCUCUUCAUUAUCAACCCUAUCAGCCAAUACAAAUGAAAAAGUAAUAGAAAAAUCAAAGGAAAGUAAUUUAGACUGUCAUUGGACAAUUGAAUCCCCCGACCAUGUUGAAAUAAACGUAACAAAGUGGUCAUUAGCACAGACAUGCGCAGAAGACAGCCUUCGGAUUUAUGAUGGACAUAAUACCCAUGGGCUAUUGUUGGCCGAACUUUGCAGCUAUGGCUCAAUCAAAAUUAUGGUUUCACGUCGUGGAAAGGCGCAUGUGUGGUUCAAAACCGGAAGUACAAGCACCGGGACUGGAAUAACACUGACGUACAAAUCGUAUGGUCAAAAUUUACCUUCAUGUAACUCUGGAUACGAGUGGCCUCAACGACGCUUUGUUAGAGCUGACGAAACACACCAGGUCAUCACCUCUGAGAAUUAUCCUAACAACUACCCAAAAGAUGAUAAAGAGGAGUGGGUUAUUAUUAAGCCUAGUGCAUCCACACCUCUAGCUAUUGUUGUUGAGGAUAUGGAUAUUGAAGACAGUCAUCACUGUGGAUAUGAUUACCUCGCUGUAUAUGACGGGAAGUGUUCAUACGACAAAGAGAAAGCAAAGUUAUGUAACGAUAGAAAAGGAUCUUGGACCCUAACAGGAAACAAAUACUCUCUAAUCAGAUUCCAUUCUGAUACUGAUAGAACAGGAAAAGGUUUCAAACUUCGUUUCUACUUAGGCACUGUUGAAGAACCAAAAGGAGAUUCAAGUGCUCUGCAUGCCAUUUUGAUUGGAUUAAUAGCUGCCUGUAUAGUUGUAAUAUUUUUACUGGCAUCAGCUAAAUUAUACAUGCGCUGUUUCAAGAAACCAAAAGUUCGUCCAAACCAAGACCAUCUUCGUAACCGGAGAGCAGUUCUUGAGGCUCAAGUCCGAAGAGGUCCACUUGGAUCAAGAUUAGCCAGAAUGAUGACAGCGCAAUCAAUUCAUUCGGAAAUGACUCGGUACCUGAGCAAUACCACGGAGCACGAUAGCCGAGUCUCCACAUUUGAAAUUUCAACGUCACAGUCGUCAGGAGCUGGUUUGGUUUUUGAAGAUGGAAUGUUCCAGCCGCCAUCUUAUAGUACUCUUUUUCGCCAUUCGGAAGAACCAUCAGCACCCCCAGCAGAUACAAAUGCCCCGCCCCCUUAUCCGGGUUCUCCGGAUUAUAAACUUGAAGAUCAAGGAAAUACCGUCAGUGUUGCUCAUGCGUCACCCAUACACGAAAGCAAUAAGGCCAGUGAUGGCCUGACGAACGUAGAGACGGUCCCUCCACCACCAUACAACUCUAGCUAAAUCAUUCAAAUAUACUGGUUCCCUGUCCUUUGUCUGUUUCGCUCUGACACAAUGGGGAUUCAGAAACCCGUAUGUUUAUUGAAAGGUAGGCUGGUUCUCUCCCUUUAACAUAUGGAUAUUUGAGUCUCCAUAUAUGUGUUCCUGUCAAAAUUUGGCGAAACAUAUAGUUGUAUAUUCUUUAAAAUGACUAUCAUCACGUUUGUUUUCAAUCAUCAACAAACAAACAAAAUACUCCCAAAUCAUAUGCAUGUUACGCAGAUUGAACAAUUU